CUCCGCGCUAGGGCAGCCGCGCCGCCGCCGGGACCGGGACCGGGACCGGGGCCGGCGGGGAGCCCGCGCGCAACUUUUCCUCCCUCGCGCCCGGCCGGGGCCUUCCCGCAUCCCCGCGGCAGGAAAAUGAACUACUUGAACGUGCUGGCCAAGGCGCUGUACGACAAUGUGGCCGAGUCCCCGGACGAGCUUUCCUUCCGCAAGGGCGACAUCAUGACGGUGCUGGAACGCAACACGCAGGGGUUGGAUGGCUGGUGGCUCUGCUCCCUCCAUGGCCGUCAGGGCAUUGUGCCCGGCAACCGCCUCAAGAUCCUGGUGGGCAUGUACGACAAGAAACAGCAGCAGCAACAGCAAGCAUCUGGCCCGGGACAGGGGCAAGCGCCACCCCAGCCACAGCCUCCAGCGCCCCAGACUGCUCUACCUUAUCACCACCAAGGGGGCUACACCGCUCUCUCGCCUGCAUCUCAGUACACCCCCAUGCACCCUGCCUACCCACCCCAAGGGGACAACGUCUACCUGAUGCCGGUCCCCAGCAAAGGGCAGCAGGGCCACUACUCGGGCUCGGCGCCCACUGGACAGUUCCCGCCUGCUCCAGCUAAGCAAUCGUCCACCUACCCGAAGCAGACUCCUUCCCAUGCCUUCCCCAGCCCCGGCCAGGAGAUCUACCAGGUGCCUCCAUCCCUGAGCCAAGUGGCAGACACAUACCCGGUGGGCUCUGCCAGCCCUCCCCAGGAUAUAUACCAAGUUCCUCCCUCAGUCAGUCUGGCUCAAGAGAUCUACCAGGUGCCCCCAUCGUUGGACAUGAGAAGCCGGGACGGGCACAAGACCCAGGGGAAGGUACUGGUGCCCACCCGUGUGGGGCAGGUGUACAUCUACGACUCUCCCAAGGGUGAGCAGGAUGAAUAUGACUUUCCUCGCCACCUCCUAUCGUCGGGCUCCCAGGAGAUCUACGACGUGCCGCCUGUCCGCGGAGGGCUUACAAGCCAGUUUAGCCAGGAGGUGUACGACACUCCCCCCAUGGCAGUGAAGGGUCCCAAUGGGCAGGACCCAGGGCAAGAGAUCUACGAUGUGCCUCCCAGUGUGGAGAAAAGUCUGCACCAAACCGUAUACGACAUCCCGCCCUCCGUGAGCAAGGAUGUGCCGGAUGGCCCUGUGCGGGAGGAGACUUACGACGUGCCACCUGCCUUUGCCAAGCAGAAGGCCUUCGACCCCUCCAGACACCCCCUCAUCCUCACGCAGCAGGAACCCUACUUGCCAGAGGACGUCUAUGAUGUGCCACCGGUGGCUGGGAAAGGCGUGCCCGAGCCAUCGCUCUCCCAUGAGAUCUACGAUGUGCCCCCUAGCCUCAAGAAGCUGGGGGGGUCGGCCUUCAGCUCCCAGGAGGUGUAUGACGUGCCCCGGGACCUGCAUGCCCCAGGCAAAGGCUCGGUGGACACCGAGGGUGAGUACAUCUAUGAUGUCCCACCGCAAGUGGACCGUGAGGCCAAGGCCACUGACACCAAGCGUCUCUCAGCCUCCAGCACAGGCAGCACUCGCAGCAAUAUCUCCACAUCCUCAUUAGAUGUGGUGCCUGUGAAGGAGCCGGCCAAGGGGGCCGGCAAGGAGUUCUCCUUGGACUUGGACGCUGCCAUGGAGAUGCUGGCCAAACUCCAGCACGGCGUCAGCGGCGCCGUCUCUUACCUCAUGUCCUUUAUCAGCACCAACUGGCGCAGCCCUGAGCACAUGGAGGCAAAUGCUGCCAGCAUCCAUACGGCGGCUGAGGGCGUCCAGACAGCCCUGCGGGACCUGCUGGAGUUUGCCCGGGGGGCAGUGGGCAAUGCUGCGCAGGCCUCGGACCGCUCCCUCUACACCAAGCUCAGCAAGCAGCUGCAGAAGAUGGAGGAGGUGUACCAGGCCCUGGCACGGCAUAGCCAAGCUCUGGACAGUUGCCACUGGGCCCCUAAUGCUUUGGUCAGUGGCAAGGCGGGCACCGAUGAUUUGGAGCUCUUCAUUAUGUACUCACGCGGCGUGCCUGAUGAUACUAAGCAGCUGGCCUCCUUCCUGCACGGCAAUGCCUCCCUCCUCUUCAAACGGACAAAGCAGGCAUCGGAGGGCAACAGCCACGGGCCUGCUCACCCCUCCGACAAAGCCAGUAGCAUCCAGUCGCGGCCCUUGCCCUCCCCACCCAAGCUGCUGGCGCAGGAGUCACCCGAUGGGCCGUACGAGAACAACGAGAGCGGCUGGAUGGAAGAUUACGACUAUGUCCAUCUCCAGGGCAAGGAGGAGUUUGAGAAGACCCAGAAGGAGCUGCUGGAGAAAGGCAACAUCAUCCGGCAGAGCAAAGACCAGCUGGAGCACCAGCAGCUAAAGCAGUUUGAGCGCCUGGAGCAGGAGGUGACGCGCCCCAUCGACAAUGACCUGUCCAACUGGAGCCCCCCACAGCACUACGGCUCGGCGCGGGGCGGCGGGGCCCUGUGUCCUGCAGACCGCCAGCUCCUCCUCUUCUACUUGGAGCAGUGCGAGGCCAACCUCACCACUCUCACCAAUGCCGUCGACGCCUUCUUCACUGCUGUCAGCACCAACCAGCCCCCCAAGAUCUUUGUGGCCCACAGCAAGUUUGUCAUCCUCAGUGCCCACAAGCUUGUCUUCAUCGGUGACACGCUGUCUCGUCAGGCUAAAGCCCAGGACGUCCGGCACAAGGUCACACACUACAGCAACCUCCUCUGCGAGAUGCUCAAAGAGAUUGUGGUGACCACAAAGGCAGCCGCUCUCCAUUACCCCUCACCCGCAGCCUCCAAGGACAUGGUGGAGCGUGUCAAAGACCUUGCCAACAGCACACAGCAAUUCAGGAUGGUGCUGGGCCAGCUGGCAGCCAUGUGAUGGCCCCAUGCUGUUGUCCUCUCUCUGUGGCCCUCCUGCUGUCCUCAGACAUGUGCCCCCCUCAACAAGUCUCUGCCCGGUGUGAACGGACCUGUAUAUAGAUAGAGACUCAUAUGCGCACCGGGGGCCUGGGGCUCCGCUGAUAAAAGGGUAAUGGGCUGCGGCGAAUUCCCCCCUUCCUGUUCUUCCCCUCUCCAGACAGAGGACAAGAUCAGUUUUAGCGCUGUGCCCGCAAUGAAGCAAAGCUGGGAGAUAAAUUCAUGGCCUUUCCUUCCCUGCUGUCCCCUCUCCACCCAACACCUGCGCUGCCGGGGUGGGGGGUCCUGGCUGGGAGCGAUGGGACCAUGUCCCACGCCGUUCACUUGACUCAAGCUGAGGCUGCACAGAGGGCUGUGCCCAGCAGUUCGGGGUGAUGCUGUGGCUGCUCCCGUCUCCGGGGGACUCCUGAGCGGUCUCGUCUGGCACACUGGGCAGCGGUUCUUAACGGUGUGGAAGCCGUCUUCGCGGCAGAGACGGAAAACCAUGCUGGGUAACAGCA